UCACGAGUCACCACAAUUCCCGUAUAAAUUCAUCGGUGGAACCUUUCUCUCUCCUUUCCCCUUUUUCUCUCUCUACUCGCGCCUCUUCGAGAUCCACCACUCUCUCUACAGCAAAACCCUAGAACUCAAAGCUUCUUAGAGAGAGAGAGAGAGAGAGAAAGGCGGAGAGAGAGAAGCUCAGAGAUUAUACCAGCAAAUCUCUCUCACAUUUCCCUGAUCUAAUACAAAUCCAGGCCUUUAUUGAGGAUGGCGGCAGUAGCAACAGCAGCGGCAGCACAACCAGUUUCUGCUCAAGUUGUGGCUAAUGCAUUUGUGCAGCAAUACUAUCAUAUAUUGCACCAUUCGCCUGGGCUUGUAUUUAGGUUUUAUCAGGAUAUAAGCAAGCUUGGACGCCCCGAAGAUGAUGGCUCCAUGGGCAUCACUACCACAAUGCAAGCAAUCAAUGAUAAGAUACUCUCACUUAACUAUGGAGACUUCAGAGCAGAGAUUAAGUCUGUGGAUGCCCAAGAAUCCUUCAAUGGCGGGGUGCAUGUCCUUGUGACUGGAUAUUUAACUGGGAAAGAUAACUUGAUCUUAAAUUUCUGUCAAACGUUCUUCCUAGCACCGCAAGAUAGAGGGUACUUUGUCUUGAAUGAUAUGUUUCGAUACGUAGAGAAUGUCCGUCAGCAUGAUGCAGUCCAGGUUCCAGUAACUGAUGCUGAGGCUCCUGUCACGCCACAGCAAAUUGUUGCAGAUCCACCUCCAGUACAGGAGAAUCACAUUCCUGAGCAAAGCACACCUCCAGUGGAGGAAGCUGAUGUGGGAGAAGUUUACAACCCACCUGAGAAUGGUGAUGUGCCUAUUGUUGAAGAGGAAGUGCCUGUGUCUGAGGUUGUUGAUGAAGUCCAAGAUGGCUCUGAAGUGGUAGUUGAAUCUGACACCAAAACUGGGGAAGUUCCUAAGAAGUCAUAUGCUUCAAUUGUCAUGCAUCUCAAGGAAAGCGCUGCUACUUUCUCCCCUCCUCCAGCACCUGCUCCUAGGAAGCCUAUGGCAAAGAGGGUUGAGCAAGUGAAUCAACCAGCCACAACAGCAACUGAUGGCCCAGUUUCCAGCUCAGAUAGUGUUGAUAACAUAAAUGACCCAGAAGGAGAAGCAGCUGAUGGCUACUCAGUCUACAUAAAAGGCUUGCCUAUGAGUGCGACUGUGGCCUUGCUUGGAGAUGAGUUCAAGAAGUUUGGGCCUAUCAAAAAUGGAGGCAUUCAAGUCAGAAGUAACAGGCAACAGGGGUUUUGUUUUGGAUUUGUGGAAUUUGAAGUGGAGAGUGCUGUGCAAAAAGCAAUCGAG